AUGGAAGAGGCUGCUGGGAAAUGGAGACAGGCUCUGAAAGAAGCAACAGAUCUGGCUGGAUGGGAGUUGAAGAAGACUUCUGAUGGGCAUGAAGCUAAAUUCAUCCAAAAGAUUGUUGAAGAGCUUUCACUAGAGCUACGUUCCAUUAGUUUCAACAUUGAUGAAAAGUUGGUAGGAAUGGAGUCUCGGGUCAAAGAAGUUGUAUCAUCUUUAGGAAUCGGUUUUGAUGAUGUUCUUAUGAUUGGGAUAAAGGGAAUGGGAGGUGGUGGGAAGACAACUUUAGCCAGAGCUGUUUUUGAUCAAAUUUCCUCUCAGUUUGAAGGUAAAAGCUUCGUGGAGAAUGUCAGGGAAGUUUCAAAUGCUUCUUUGUCCGGUUUGAAGUCUUUGCAAAAACAAGUCCUUCGGGAUGUCUUAAAUGAUAAAGACAUCAAAGUAAGUAGUGUUUAUGACGGGAAACACAUGAUGAAGAGGGUGAUGCCUGAUAGGAAGGUUCUUGUUGUUCUGGAUGAUGUGGAUCAUAUAGACCAGCUUGAGGCGUUAGCCGGUGAGCCUAAUUGGUUUAAGCCUGGAAGUAGAAUAAUCAUUACAACAAGAGAUGAGCAAGUGCUCGUAGCACACCGGGUUAAGUUCAUUCAUGAUGUCAGUUUGUUAUCAGACAAGGAAGCAAUUUGCCUCUUCAGUAGGUAUGCAUUUGGGAGAGAUAAUCCAAUUGAAGGGUACAAAGAGCUAUCCAUACAAGUUGUACACUAUGCUGCUGGUCUUCCGUUAACUCUUACAGUUUUGGGUUCGUUUCUUUGUGGUAAAAACGAGCUUCAAUGGACUGAUGCUCUAGAAAGAUUAAAGACGAUUCCGUUAAUGGAAACUCUGAAAAAGUUGGAAUUAAGCUAUAUCAGUCUAGAGGAGGAUUACAAGGAAAUAUUCCUAGAUAUUGCAUGCAUGCUAAAAGGUUUGCAUAAAGACGUAGUAAUCAGAGCGCUUGAAAGUUGUGGAUUUCAUGCUAGAAAUGGUUUAAGAGUUCUUGAGCAAAAAUCUCUCGUAACUUUUUCUAAAUUCGAGUUUGUGGAAAUGCAUGACCAUAUUAUAGAAAUGGGUAGGAAUAUUGUUCGUCGCUCACACCCGGAUAAGCCUCACAAGCACAGCCGAUUGUGGGUUUGCAAUGAAAUUGAAGAGAUAUUGGCCAAUAAUUUGGGUACUAAAGCAACAAGAUGUAUACACACCAAUUAUGUACUUAAGUUGCAUAAUGUUAGAGAAGGUUUUAGAAAGAUGAAGGGACUUAUAUUUCUUUCGGUGUUAAUCGAAGAUCGUUUCCAUAAUUCGAAAUCUGAAAAAGUCAGCCUAGACUUUCCAGAUGCUUUACGAUAUGUUAGUGUGAAGUGUUACCCUUUUAGGUCUUUACCCAAAACUUUUCAAGCAAAUAAUCUUGUUGCACUUGUGAUGGCAUACAGUUGUAUCAUACAACUUUGGGAAGGAGGAGAAAGAAAGGUUCUUAACAAGAUGAGAUUCCUUGACCUGAACCAUUCAAGGUUGCAUACCCUUGACCUUGGGUUUGCUCCAAAUCUGGAGACGUUGAAUCUUGAAGGAUGUAAUAAUUUGGUAGAACUUCACAUGCCCAUUAGAUGUUUAAAGCUCAUAUACGUGGACAUCUCACAUUCAAGGUUGAGGACUCUUGACCUUAGGCUGCUCCAAAUCUCGAGACGUUAA